UUUUCUCGUACGGUGUAACCUCCACCACAGCAGAGGCUAAAUCUUAUAAACACAGGGCCAAGAACAGGCCUGUGUUAUGAAAUCAUGUCGCGCAUGUUAUUGUUUUAACUGUUAACCUAACACACAGUGACGUACUGUAGAUCUAGACCUAAGUCUAAGACGUGUAAUCUUGUUAAUCACGUCAUGGUCCAUGCUCUCAAACGUGUGAAAAAGUGUAAUCUGCUGUGUCAGAACCGUCGCCAGUUCUUUAGGCUAGAUUUUAAACCCUUCGUUUUUGCCCGAGUUUCCAUCGGCAUCGCUUCGUCACCCACCAGUCGUUAUUUUUCCACUCUACCUCGAAGAUCUCUGCAGGUAUUGUUACCCUUCAAAUGGUCACACCGUGUGAUAACGAUCAUCAGUAACGAACUGAACAAGGGAACAACGAGAGACAUCCGGACAGAUACACUCAUGGAGCCGAGGCUGCGUGUGGCUGUCAUUGGAGCUGGGGCUGCUGGGCUUGUUGCUCUAAGGCACCUCAACACUGUGUCUUCCAACGACCUGUCACAGAUCUCGGCAGUGGCACUUGAACAGGCUCCACAUGUCGGAGGGACCUGGUUCUACACUAAAAAAACUGGCAAUGAUGACUUUGGUCUUCCUAUUCACUCAAGCAUGUACAAAAAUCUACGCACUAACCUACCAAAGGAGUGCAUGGCUUUCCCAGAUUUCCAGUUUCCAGAGGAACUUCCCUCGUUUGUUGGGCAUGAGGAUGUUCAGAAGUAUCUUGAGGACUAUGCCACCCAUUUUGAUCUGUGGAAAGACAUCAAGUUCCACACAAAGGUUGACUAUAUCAGACCGGUCUCAGAUGAGAAAAGUAAAUUCCAGACGCGGUGGGAGGUGACAACUUGUGAUGUUCACAAGCUUGGGCAAAAGCAGAAGGAGGUAUUUGACGCCGUUCUUGUGUGUAAUGGUCACUAUGCAAUACCGAUGAUCCCAGACAUUCCUGGUAAGGAGACAUUUGUGGGCCAGGUUGUACACAGCCACAACUAUCGGGAGCCCAAUGUUUACAAGGACCGGACAGUGGUCAUUCUUGGGGCAAACGCGUCAGGGCAGGAUAUAGCGCUUGAGCUGGCAUCUGUGGCCAAGGAGGUGUAUCUCAGUCACAACAAGCAGCCAUUCCCCAAUAUGCCUGAAAAUCUGCAUCAGCGGCCAGGGAUUGCCAAGCUGGAUCCAGAGGUUAUUCACUUCAGCGACGGCAGCUCUGUCCGUGCAGAUGCUCUCAUGUAUUGUACAGGCUACCACUAUGAUUACAGUUUUGUGGCUCCAGAAGUUGGCCUACGUGUGGACGACAACAGGGUUAUGCCCCUUUACAAGCACCUCAUACACACUGGAUACCCAAAUUUUGGCAUCAUAGGCGUUUGCAAAAGGAUUGUUCCGUUCCCGAUGUUUGACGUUCAGGCUCAAUACUUCAGGGCGGUGCUAACAGGUGUGGUAACCCUGCCGAAUGAGGAGUCCAUGAACGAGGACACAGAGAGAGACUAUCGUCAACGGAGAGCCCAGGGGCUGCCACACCGUCAUGCCCACGAUAUGGGCCCACGUCAGUUUGAGUACAACCACCAGUUGGCUGACAGCGCCUGCGGCCGUCGUGUUCCCGUUCUCACAGAGCUGAUGUACAACAAGACUCAUAACAUGAGAAAACAAGAUUUGGUCGGUUACAAGAAAGUAAACUUUUGCGUGUCGGGUGCUGGGGAUGAGAUUGUAAUUACAUGUACUCCAAGGUGAUGGGUGGGGGAAAUAGGCUGGUGGUGACAAAAGUAUAAAGUUUUGCUGCCCACAUCUUUGGGAAACACAAAGAUCACAACGCGCUGUUUCCUGUUUCUGUGAGAUGUACCUGCUUCCUCUUUGUGAACUCCAUAAUGACCCCAGAUGUUGUUCCUUAGGUCAAGCAGUUUGAUAUAGGGUGGGGGGAGAAAAGGGGGGGGGAUGGGGGAGAUGGGUAUACUUUUCUUUUACCUUACUGUUUUUUAAUCGCAUAAAGUUGUUCUUCUUACAGUUUUUUCUGUCUGGCAGCUCUAUGAUAGCACAUCUCUGACUGUUGGCAUGAAUGUCUUUUGUUUACCAGGUUAUGGAAAGCAAUAAGAAGGUGUUUUGUUUGUGAUGGAAUUUAUGCCGGUGAUGUGUAAUAGGUUUUAGCAUGGGCUCUAUGCUACCAGGUUAUAGAAUCAUCAUUCCAGGGCAACUAAGGGGAAUGUUAUGUGAAGGUUGCUUUUUUUUCCACACUAUUUUUAUGGAUUAAGUAAAUUGUCUCAUUUCGUAAGAUUUUGUUACUAAAAAUACAAAGGCUUCCACAUUUUUUUAUUAAAAGGAUCAAAUUUUGCUUGAUGUUUUUCACAGCCAUAUUGCAACAUAUUGUCAACACUGCAUGAGCAUAGUCUUCAUAGUUUUUUUUGUGGAAAUUUGUUAAUAGCUUCCCCCCCGCUAAAAUUUGUGCAUUUUUCACACAAAAUAAGCAACUAAAACAAAUUGAUUGCAACAUGCAGUUUUCUUGCAGACAAAAGUUUUGUAUUGUAGUAGUUGGUGAUCUUAAUCUUACCAAAUAACAGUGAAAUUGCUUGAAAAAUGAAAAAGCCUUAGGAUUUUUACAACGUCCUCAAUUUUGAGGUAACCUUUAAUUAAUAUACCUCUCAGUUGUUGACGAAUGAUGAUUUCAUCACAUUCAGAUAUAUUUAUUUCCCAUGAAUGUACUGAACACAGUGAUAACACAUGCCAUUGUGUAUACGGAGAAUCUAAAGAGAUAGACAUUUCAGUUGGAACUAGAUGGGAUGGUGGGUGGAUAAUAAUGCAGUGAGGUUUAGAAAAAAAAUAAAAAAAUGGAAAGGUAGGUCACUAUGAGCUGAGUUGUGAUUAGAUUGAGAUGAUUUUCAGUGUGUUGACUUAUUUCGUUCCACUUUGUGAUGAUGGAAUGGAGAUUGCAACUCUAGAUCCGCGGAAGCACGAUGAACACAAAAAUAGCCUUUUCUCACUUCAGUGGAACUCGGAUUCAAUGAAGUCAUCGGACCUGACUUUCAAUUUCGUUCAAUCAAAGUGUUUGUUAUUUAUAGCAAAUAUGAGGCUUUUGUAUAGAUUGUAGAUAAUAACUAGGGGGCUCUCGUGGCCUAGAGGUUAAGGUGUUGGCCUCUCAUUCAAAGGUCCCGGGUUCGAUUCCGGGUAGCGACCAAAAAAA